GUGCACCAGGAAGGAGAACUGCGAGCGCUCGGCCGAGCCCCGGAGGUCGCCUGGGACAUCAAGCAGUGCGUCCGCCUCAGCGUCCACCCCAGCAACAUCUCCGUGUCCCAGUUCAGCGUCACGCUGAUCCUGGAGGCCCAUAACGUCCCAGAGUUGUCUGCAGGGGUUAACUGUACCUUUGAGGACCUGGCUGAGAUGGACGGCCUGGUGGAGGGGAACCGCAUCAGGUGCAGCUCGCCUGCCGAGAAGGAGGUGCCUCGCAUUAUCGUAGACAAAGCUGAUCACCAGAUAGUUCAGCUCUACCUCAAGUCCAAGGAGACAGGCCUGGUCUUCGCCAACACCAGCUUUGUCUUCUACAACUGCAGCGUCCACAAGUCGUGUUUGUCAUGUGUGAGAAGCCCCUACCAGUGCCACUGGUGUAAAUACAGACAUGACUGCACCCACGACCCACGCACCUGCUCCUUCCAGGAGGGACGCGUCAAGAAGCCAGAG